UUAUCCACCAAUACGGCAUCACUUAAUGGAUAAACAAGGAGUGUAUGUUACCUGUCCAUUAGUAAACAAUUUUACAAUGCACUCAGAUCUUGGAAAAAUUAUUCAAAGUCUAUUGGAUGAGUUUUGGAAGAAUCCUCCAGUUUUGGCUCCCACUUCAACAGCAUUUCCAUACCUAUAUAGUAACCCAGGUGGGAUGCCUCCUUAUGCUUCUCAGGGUUUUUCAUAUCUUCCUCCAUAUCCCCCACAAGAAGCUAACAGGACCAUCACUUCUGUAUCUGUUGCUGACACUGUUUCUUCAACCUCAAGUUACACCACAGCUAAACCCGCUGCUCCUUCAUUUGGUUUCCUUUCAAAUCUGCCGUUACCUGUUCCCACAACAGACACUUCUGCACCGGUAAGUCAAAAUGGUUUUGGAUACAAGAUGCCAGAUGUCCCUGAUACAUUUCCAGAACUCUCAGAACUAAGUGUGUCACAACUCACAGAUAUGAAUGAACAGGAGGAGAUAUUACUAGAACAGUUUCUUACUUUACCUCAACUAAAACAAAUUAUUAAUGACAAGGAUGACUUAGUAAAGAGUAUUGAGGAGCUGGCAAGAAAAAAUCUCCUUUUGGAGCCCAACUUGGAAGCCAAAAGGCAGACUGUUUUAGAUAAGUAUGAAUUACUUUCACAAAUGAAAUCUACUUUUGAAAAGAAGAUGCAAAGGCAGCAUGAACUCAGUGAGAGCUGUAGUGCAAGUGCCCUACAGGCAAGAUUAAAAGUAGCUGCAUAUGAAGCUGAGGAAGAAUCUGAUAAUAUUGCUGAAGAUUUCUUGGAAGGAAAAACUGAAAUAGAUGAUUUUCUUAGUAGCUUCAUGGAAAAGAGAACAAUUUGCCACUGUAGAAGAGCCAAGGAAGAGAAACUUCAACAAGCAAUAGCAAUGCACAGCCAGUUUCAUGCUCCACUAUAGAUUUUCCUGAAACAUGAGCUACCAAGAGAGGAAUGGGACAAACAACUAAGCACAUUGUUUUAUAUUUAUGAUUUGUGAAUUGUCCUUUCAACCCAGUGGCUGAAUUCAUAGACAAACUAUAUAUAUUGUAUACAAAACUGAGACUGAUUUUGUACAGAUUAGAAUGAUUGCUGUGAUCUUUGCCUUGAGAAAUUUUUCUGUACUCUUUGCACUAAAAAUGUUUAUUUAUUGUUGAUCAAUCCUAUCAUAUUUAAGUUCCAGCGCUGUUCCCCUCUUAUUAGAGAUUAAAUAUCUGUGCAUGUCAUUAGCUUUUUGAUACUUUAUAAAAUUUACUUCAUUUAAAUUUGUAUCUUUAA